AUGUCUAUCAGCAAUGGGCCCUCAGUACCGGAGCACACCUCCCCUAAUCAAGAAAACUCUCUUUAUCACACCACCGCAAUACCUUCAGCACGCACUAUCCCCAGCAACCGCCACCCGCUCCUCACGCGCCUUAUGCGCAAACACAAGGCGCUGCUCACGCGAAUCUCUUACCUAAACACACGCAUAGUCAACGCCGCGUCGCUCCGGCAGCACUCCGCAUUCAACAAGAACGCGCAAUACGUAGCAUGGCGCAAAUGGGAGCGACGCGCGGCGGGGCUCUAUAGCGUUCUCGAAGACGACCGAGACAACAAAACACUCACCACGACGCCAAAAUGGCGACUUAAAGCCUUCGUGCUGCGCAGAGACAGGGCGUGGAUGCGGGACGAGCGGCUCGCGGCGCUCGAGCAGAAAGCAGGCGACCGCGUCGGCGAGACGCACUGGCGGCUGCUGGACGCGUGGGACCGGCUCGAGCGGUGCGAGAUCGAGCGGCAAGCGCUCGACCCGGGUCCGCUGGUCGGAGAGUACUGGGCGCAAGCGAAGGCGCUGCACGCGCUGGAGGAGCGGCGGAGGAAGUAUUGGGCCGAGACGCAUGCGUUGCUGCAGGGUAGGUGGGUGGAUGGGAAGUGGGUGACGGGGGAGUGGCCGACGGUUAUAAGCGAAGAGAUGCAGAUGGCGGAGCUGCGGCGGCAGCUGGUCGUUCAUGAUGGCGCGGGCGGUGAGCAUGGCCAUGGCGUGGACUACGCCUUGGCUGCGGCGGUGAUGGCGGCUGUGGAUGGUGUUGUCGAGACUGUGGACGACGCAGAGUUGAGUCAGGUUAUUCAUUUAAAAGCGCCCUAA